CAUUAUCAUUUGUGUGCAUUGUUGUCCACACCUCAAUUCAGUGCAUUUUCUAGUAGGGAUCAUUAUGAGAUCGCAGGUUGGGACGAUGACAGCUCGAUUGUACUUCUCAUUGAUUGCUGUAUUAUGUUGUCUUUCUGGAUACUUGAGCCUAACAGAUGUUAUUCAAGGACAAACUGCAGCAAAGCCAGGAGAGUGUCCACCUCAAACAUCUGGAAGCUUGUUUAAUGGGUCCUGUAACAGUGACUCUGACUGUCCCAACGAUGAGAAGUGCUGCGGCAAUGGAAGUGGACAUUACUGUACAGCUCCUUAUACAGUGAAGCCGGGUCAGUGUCCCAAACCGAAGAGCGUUCAAGAAUGUGCUGACCUCUGUUUCCAUGAUGGCCAGUGUCCUGACACACAGAAAUGUUGCCCAACCAUCUGUGGCCAUGUAUGUAGUGAGCAAAGUGAUCAGCAAAGUGAUCAGCAAAGUGAUCAGGGUAGUGGUCAAGGUCAGGGAAGCGGCCAGGGUAGUGGUGAAGGUCAGGGUAGUGGUCAAGGUCAAGGAAGCGGUCAGGGAAGCGGCUAUGGUCAGGGAAGCGGCUAUGGUCAGGGAAGCGGCUAUGGUCAUGGUCAGGGAAGCGGCUACGGUCAGGGAAGCGGCUACGGCCAAGGUCAGGGAAGCGGUCAGGGAAGCGGCUACGGUCAGGGAAGCGGUUACGGUCAAGGUCAGGGAAGCGGUUACGGUCAAGGAAGCGGUCAGGGAAGCGGUCAGGGAAGCGGCUACGGUCAGGGAAGCGGCUACGGUCAGGGAAGCGGCUACGGUCAGGGUAGCGGUUACGGUCAAGGUAGCGGUUAUGGUCAGGGAAGCGGCUAUGGUCAGGGUAGCGGUUACGGUCAAGGUCAGGGUAGCGGUUAUGGUCAGGGUAGCGGUUACGGUCAAGGUCAGGGUAGCGGUCAGGGAAGCGGCUAUGGUCAGGGUAGUGGUUACGGUCAGGGUAGUGGUUACGGUCAGGGUAGUGGCUACGGUCAGGGUAGCGGCUACGGUCAGGGAAGCGGCUAUGGUCAGGGAAGUGGACAGGGAAGCGGACAGGGACAGGGAAGCGGACAGGGUCAGGGU